AUAACUGCGCAUGCUCGUUGAAACCCACUGUUCAGAGUGUCCGCGCCCUCGCGAUAUCUUCUUAAUCGUUUCACAAACAAGGAAGAGUCGUUCAGUCGAUGUUUGGUGGUCAACAAUAGGUGCGAUGAAGUCCUGCUGGAUUUUGUUGAGCUUCUGCUGCUCUUACGCUGUGUUCGAUAGUGUUUUGGGAAACACGGCGUCUUGUCAUAAUACAUGUCAGAUGACAUACAGUUUGCACACUUAUCCACGGGAGGAAUCUCUGUACGCCUGCCAGAGAGGAUGCCGUCUCUUCUCCAUUUGUCAGUUUGUGGGUGACAGCAAAGAUCUCAAUGAAACCAAAUCUGAAUGCGAGUCGGCCUGUCGGGAAGCCUACACACAAUCAGAUGAGCAGUACGCAUGCAAUCUAGGAUGUCAGAGUCAACAACCGUUUGCAGAGCAAAGGAUGGAACAGUUGAUGACGAUGUUGCCCAAAAUUCAUCUCUUAUACCCGCUGACACUGGUAAGGGUUUUUUGGGAAGAGAUGAUGAGCCAAGCCAAUAAUUUCAUCACCUCGUCCUGGACAUUUUACUUCCAGGCAGAAGAUGGUAAAGUUGUAAUUUUCGAGUCUGAGCCGCAAAUUCAGUUUAUGCCUGAGUUCGAAUUUCAGAGAGAGGAGACAGAUGAGCCACAGAGCACUUUUGCAGAUCGUGGAAUGAACAACCCUGUUUAUAAAGAUUUUCCAAGGAGCUUCAUCCAUGAGAGAGACCGGGACAUGUUCAUUGAUAGAAGCAACUCUGAGGAAGAUUACAAAGUUUUCAGCUGCCUCUUAAGGAACCCGUGGCUACCCGGCUGGAUCUUGACCACCACUCUGUUUUUGUCUGUCUUUGUUCUAAUCUGGAUUUGCUGUGCCACAGUGUCCACAGCUGUUGAGCAGUAUGUCCCUGCUGAGAAACUAAGCAUAUAUGGGGAUAUGGAGGACAUGAAGAACCAGAAACUGACCCCUUAUGUUCAGUCCUCUCUGGUGGUUAUCAGAUCUCCUGGGAGUGAGCAGAUGGAAGCAGGACCCCUUCCAUCAAAGGUCAACCUGGAUCAAUCUAACAUUUAAGAGUCAUCUAAACCACAGAGUAGGAACAUCCAAAGGAACUGGGGUCACCAUGCUAUUAAGUCUUACAGAUUACUCAACAUUUUGUGAUUAUUGCUUAAAACUCUAUCAUUUUACUUUUACUAUGGAUAUUUUGGUUUCUUCUUUUUUUUAACUUGUGAAGUAUGGACUAAGGGAAUUAUUUUUUCUCAAUAUUUUGGCACUUUAAAGGCAUAAUGAAAACUCUGGAUCUCAGUUUUCCAUAAUUGUUUUCUACCCUGUGUGUGUGUGUGUGUGUGAUAGAGAGAGAGAGAGAUCAAUAACAGCUUGUGAUUUGAGCUGCAAAAUUUGUGUUGCGCAGUAAAACUUAACAUUCUGAUUUCUGCAUAAGAACCAGAUAUCUCAGCUAUGGUGUGUGAAAGUUUCUUGAACUGUUUUAGAAUCAGUCUUUUUUUUUUUUCUUUUUUUUAAGAUUUGUCAUCUUGAUAUUGUUAAUAAAGAAAAAUACCAAAA